CUUGGUUGCUUUGUUUUGUAGCUCAACUAUUGCUCGGUGCCUUUGCACGGGCUAAUAAUGUCCAUCUGCUGACGUCUGUUUGUGGUGCCAAACCGUGUAAACUGCCCUAACUUUGCAUAGGCGGCUAGCUUCCAAGCUAGGAAAUGAAUAGGUCGUUGUUCGUCAUAAGACAGUUACUGUCACUUACACGUAAUGUGAGUUGCUCUGCUGCGUGUUGUCAGGUGAUGACCAACCCGGAUGAAAUCGCCAAACUCUACAGAGAACUCAGUCUGUUCCCGUCUUUGAGCCGAGCAGACGUGGGACCCGUGAUCACCUCCCAGUAUGGAGGCAAAUACAGCAACGUCUACACAGAAUGGAGUCAGCGAGAUUUGGAGAGGAAUGAAAACGUCAAGUUUUGCAGGCAGUACAUUGUAUUCCACGAUGACAAGUCGGUGGUGUACUCUGGGGCCUCGGGAAACUGCACCGAAAUCAAGGGAGAGAUGCUAAGUAAGGAUUCUCCUUCUGGUGAAAUGAAGGCUGUAGUCAGGGAAUGCACAAUCAAAGGAGAGGACAAGCAGUUUCUGGAGAUCUGGAGUAAGAACAUCAAGAUGAAAAGCAUCAAUCUAACAGCCUUAAAAAAGCACGGCAAAGUCUAUGAAGAUGAACAAUUUGGCAGCUUGGUUUGGUCUCACUCUGAGACCCACCUCCUGUAUGUGGCAGAGAGGAAGAGACCUAAGGCAGAAUCGUUCUUCCAGACUGAGUCACCAGAGUUGUCUUCUAUUGGAGAUGAGGAGGAGGCCAUGAGAGUCGAGAAAAAGGAGCCCGUGAAAGGGGAGCAGUUUGUCUUCUACGAGGAUUGGGGAGAGGCUUUGGUUAGUAAGAGCUGCCCGGUGCUUUGUGUUUUGGACAUCGAGGGAGACAAUGUCUCUGUGCUGGAAGGACUGCCUGAUGAUAUUUCACCUGGACAGGCAUUUUGGGCUCCAGGUGACACAGGGGUGGUUUUUGUGGGAUGGUGGCACGAGCCUUUUAGGCUUGGCCUCAAGUACUGCCCCAACAGGAGGUCAUCAUUGUUCUAUGUGGAUCUCACCGGUGGGAAAUGUGAGCAGCUCUCAUCAGGCACCAGUGCUGUGAGCUCCCCCAGGCUGAGCCCGGACCAGUGCCGAAUCGUCUACCUGGAAUGCUCCGUCUAUGGUCCACACAUGCAGUGCAGCAGGCUCUGCAUGUACGACUGGUAUACUAAGAAGACCUCGGUGGUGGUGGAUGUGGUGCAGCGACCUGGAGAGGAUGGCUUUACCGGUAUCUACAGUUCUCAGUUGUCUCCUCAAUGCUGGUCAGCUGAUAGUGAACGUAUUAUCAUUGCUUGUCCCCAGCGCAGCCGCAAGGAGCUUUUGAUGGUGAACAUAAGCACGGGGAGCAUCACCUCUUUGACUGCAAAGUCUGAUGUUGGAAACUGGUGCCUGCUGGACAUAGAGAGGGAUCUGAUGGUUGUCAGCUGCUCCUCUCCCAACUCUCCUCCAAGUCUGAGGGUUGGUUUCCUCCCACCCAAGGAUUCCCAGGAGGAAGUUGUGUGGGUUACUUUGGAAGAGUCUCAGUCGUUGCCUGAUAUCGAUUGGCAGAUCGUGACUUUCACCCCUCCCCCAGAGCAAGACAACAGUCAAUACCCGGGCCUCGAUUUUGAAGCUUUGCUGAUCAAACCAAAGGAGGUUAAGGAUGAAGUGAAGCUGCCUCUUGUUGUCAUUCCUCAUGGCGGUCCUCACUCAGUGAUUGUAGCCGACUGGCUCCUCUCCUCCUCUGUGCUGUGCAGGAUGGGCUUUGCUAUAUUACUGGUGAACUAUCGUGGCUCUCUUGGGUACGGCCAGGACAGUAUCCUGUCAUUACCGGGCAACAUUGGCACCCAGGAUGUCAAAGAUGUUCAAUUUGCUGUUGAGAGCGUUCUGAAAAGUGGCGGAUUUGACAUGCAGAAAGUGGCAGUUGCAGGGGGCUCCCAUGGGGGUUUCCUGGCAUGUCAUCUGAUUGGCCAGUACCCAGGUUUCUACAAGGCCUGUGUUGCCCGAAACCCUGUCAUCAACUUGGCCUCUAUGAUUGGCAGCACGGACAUCCCAGACUGGUGCAUGGUUGAGGCUGGUUACGACUACAGCACAGCCUGUCUGCCUGACCCAACUGUAUGGGAACAGAUGUUGAACAAGUCCCCCAUCAAACAUGUCACAGAGGUACAGACACCAGUGCUGCUUACCUUAGGGGAAGAUGACAAGCGUGUACCUAACAAACAAGGAAUUGAAUAUUACAGAGCUUUAAAAGCAAAGCAGAUCCCAGUUCGGUUGCUGUGGUACCCAGGAAACAACCACUCUCUCUCCAAAGUGGACGCUGAAUCAGAUGGCUUUAUGAACAUCGCUCUGUGGAUAAUUCAGCACUUGAGUCAAUGAUAAACUUCAACUAGACACGGGGGUAGUGCGCUAACACGGCCGAUGCUGCCUGGAAAAGAAGACACUAUUCUAUGUAAUACUGCGUUCCUGUUUUAUGGACAGCGUGCAGUCCAGUCCAAAACCAAAGCAUCGAAAGUGCUCUGAAUAUGAAACACUCUUUGUGUUUGUGGGUUUGAAUCCGUACGCAUGGUGAUUCCCACAAGCACGUCCAGCAACUGGAUGAGAACAUAGUAAUUUUAACACAGCACUUGAUGAAAAACAGCUUUGAUUUCAACUGAAAAACAUUUUACUGAUAUUGUUGUUAUUUUUUAAUUUUUUAAUCUUUACAUGCAUAAAAGUAAAGGGCUUCAUAGUGUGAUUGGUUUGAGAUUAUAUUAUCAAAGGAAAUCAGCCUUUUUUUCUGUUUAGGUUUACUCUUUGAUUGUUUUUGUAAACUAACGCUCUUUGAUGUCAUCAGCACUAAAUAAAGUUACUGUGAAAAUA